CCCUCUUUUACCACCCACAAAUUUUAAUCCACUCAAACACCAAUUACACACACACACACAGUAACAAAUAUGUACUGGUUUCUGACGGCCAAAUCCGUGGUCCUUUCGGGCCCUCGGUGGCGCUCCGUCGGUCUUCUCAUUCGGUCCCCUCUCCCCCUGCGGUCUUUCACCUUUCCCCCACCUAUUUUAAGUACACGACGUACUAAGCACAUCUAUUGCUUCAAAGAUAAGAAGAAUUUGACGACAAGCACCAAAGCAACUAGGAAGUUGAAGGAAUCAAAGAAUGUCAACAAGGAGAAAGAUUAUCCUCAUGUUAUCUGGUGGAAAGAGAAAAUGGAGAUGUGUAGAAAGACAUCUUCUAUGCAAAUGAUAACCAGACUCACUUAUUCUAAUCUGCUUGGUUUGGAUGACAAUUUGAGAAAUGGGAGUAUAAAAGAAGGAACACUCAAUUGGGAGAUACUACAAUUCAAGUCAAGGUUUCCACGGGAAGUUUUGCUAUGCAGGGUCGGGGAAUUCUAUGAAGCUGUGGGAUUUGAUGCUUGUAUACUUGUGGAGUAUGCUGGUUUGAAUCCUUUUGGGGGUAUCCGUUCAGAUAGCAUUCCAAAAGCCGGCUGUCCUGUUGUGAAUCUACGUCAAACUUUGGAUGAUCUGACACGGAAUGGAUUUUCAGUUUGCAUUGUGGAGGAAGUUCAGGGUCCAACUCAAGCACGUUCCCGUAAAAGUCGUUUUAUAUCUGGGCAUGCACAUCCCGGAAGCCCUUAUGUUUUUGGACUUGUUGAAGAUGACCAUGAUCUCGAGUUUCCAGAACCAAUGCCAGUCAUUGGACUUUCUCGUUCUGCAAAGGGGUAUUGCAUAGUUUCAGUGUUGGAGACUAUGAAAACUUACUCCUUAGAGGAUGGUUUAACGGAAGAGGCCAUAGUCACAAAGCUUUGCACUUGUCGUUACCAUCAUAUGUUUCUCCAUAAAUCAUUAAAGAAUAAUUCCUCAGGAACAACACGCUGGACAGAGUUUGGUGAAGGGGGGUUAUUGUGGGGAGUGUGUAAUGCCAGGCAUUUUGAAUGGAUCGAGGGGAACUUCGUUGAUGAAAUAGUGUUUAAGGUAAAAGAACUCUAUGGUCUUGAUGAUGAAGUCACAUUUAGAAAUGUAACCAUUACUUCAGAAAAUAAACCUCAACCCCUGAACCUUGGAACAGCCUCACAAAUUGGUGCUAUACCAACUGAAGGAGUACCUUUUUUAUUAAAGAUUUUGCUCCCCUCCAAUUGUACCGGUUUACCUGCUCUGUACAUUAGAGACCUACUUCUGAACCCUCCUACUUAUGCAGUUGCCUCUACCAUCCAAGCAAUCUGCAAACUUAUGAACGAUAUAUCAUGCUCAAUUCCUGAAUUUACUUGUGUUGCACCAUCAAAGCUUGUGAAGCUACUUGAGCUAAGGGAGGCAAAUCAUGUUGAGUUUUGCAAGAUCAAAAGCGUGCUUGAUGAAAUCUUGCAGCUCCAUAGAAAUCCUGAACUCGAUCAGAUAUUACAGUUGUUAGUGGAUCCUACUUGGGUGUCGACCGGUCUGAAAAUUGAUAGUGAGAUACUGGUGAAUGAAUGUGAAUUUAUCUCACAUACGAUUGGGGAACUUAUCUCUUUAGAAGGUGAAAAUGAUCAGAAAUUGAGCUCAUAUGUGAAUAUACCCAGUGACUUUUUUGAAGAUAUGGAGUCUUCAUGGAAGAGCCGUGUGAAAAGAAUCCAUCUAAAAGAAGCCUAUGAAGAGGUGGAUAAGGCUGCUGAAGCUUUAUCCUUAGCGGUUACGGAAGAUUUUCUUCCUAUAAUUAACAGAAUAAAAGCUACUACGGCUCCAUUUGGGGGACCAAAGGGAGAAAUCUCGUAUGCUCGCGAACAUGGAGCUAUUUGGUUCAAGGGAAAACGUUUUGCACCAUCUGUAUGGGCCGGUACACCUGGAGAAGAACAAAUCAAACAACUUAGGCCCUCCAUCGAUUCAAAGGGUAGAAAAGUUGGAGAGGAGUGGUUUACCACAGUGAAAGUGGAGGAUGCACUCACAAGGUACCAUGAAGCUGGUGCGAAGGCAAAAUCCAUGGUCUUAGAAUUGUUGAGGGGUCUAUCUACUGAUUUGCAAGCUAAAAUCAAUGUUCUGGUGUUUGCUUCCAUGUUGCUUGUCAUUGCAAAAGCAUUGUUUGCUCAUGUGAGUGAAGGCAGAAGAAGGAAAUGGGUGUUUCCCACUCUUGUUCAGUCUAAUAUUGCUAUGGAAACAGAGCAAGUAAAUGGACAUCGUGAGAUGAAGAUUGUUGGUUUGUCACCGUAUUGGUUUGACGCAGCUGAAGGCAGUGCAGUGCUUAACACAAUUAAUAUGAAAUCAAUGUUUCUUUUGACUGGGCCAAAUGGAGGUGGCAAAUCAAGCUUGCUUCGCUCAAUCUGUGCAGCUGCCCUACUUGGAGUAUGUGGAUUUAUGGUGCCUGCUGAGUCAGCGUUAAUUCCCCAUUUUGACUCUAUUAUGCUACACGUAAAAUCUUAUGAUAGCCCUGCUGAUGGGAAAAGCUCGUUUCAGAUUGAAAUGUCAGAGAUGCGAACUAUAAUUACUAGAGCCACGUCACGAAGCCUAGUUCUUGUAGAUGAAAUAUGUAGAGGUACUGAAACAGCAAAAGGAGCGUGCAUUGCUGGUAGCAUUAUUGAAACUCUUGAUUCAGUUGGUUGUUUGGGUGUUGUAUCCACACACUUGCAUGAUAUCUUCAAUCUACCACUGACCACAAAGAAUGUUGUUUAUAAAGCGAUGGGAAGCGUCUUAGUAAAUGGAAAAGUUAAACCAACAUGGAAGUUGAUUGAUGGAAUAUGCAAGGAGAGUCUUGCAUUUGAAACAGCUCAGAUGGAAGGUGUUCCUGAGACAGUAAUACAAAGAGCUGAAGAGCUCUACAAUUCAGUGUAUACGAAGAACAUGAAUUCAGAGAAAAGCAAUACAAACGUGAAUCUGUUUUCUUCUAAGGGAUCUCUAAACGUCUGCUACCAACCGACGGGUAUUCAAGAAAUUGCUCCUUUUGCCAAAGAAUCAAGAAAUCAAAUGGAGCGAUUCCAAAAAGAUGUAGAAAAUGUUGUCUGUAUAUUAUGUAAUAAAAUGUUGAUUGAGCUUGGCAAGACUAAAACUACAUCCGAAGUGGGAGUGAGAUGUGUUGCAAUUACUCCUCGGGAACAGCCCCCUCCAUCAACAGUUGGUGCUUCAUGUGUCUAUGUGAUCCUGAGACAUGACAAAAAACUUUAUGUUGGACAGACGGAUGAUCUCCAGGGCCGGGUUCGUGCACAUCGAUCAAAGCAGGGGAUGCAAAAUGUUGAAUUCCUGUAUUUCCUAGUUCCCGGAAAGAGCUUGGCUUGCCAACUGGAAACUCUGCUAAUUAACCAGCUCCCAAAUCAUGGCUUUAAACUUACUAAUGUAGCUGAUGGUCAGCAUCGAAACUUUGGGACUGAUAUUUCCUUAGAAAGUUUAAGCUUACCUAGAUAAAUAACCAAGUCUAGUGUUUAGGGUUCUACUGGUGCAACAAUUUUGGGUCAAGUAUAUGUUGCUCCUGUUCAUGAAGGACUGACAUUUGUGCUCCUAUGAUUGUUUACUAGAGUAAAGAAUCGGUAGCUCUUGUAAAUUGCUUGGUUAAUUCAUUUUUGUAUCAUGUUUAUUUGAA